AGAAAAAAUGCUAAAAGAGGGCGCUACUCUGGCACAGCAUGGCUACUUUUACGUCCAAAAUAAACCUCCAACUACAGCACAAGGUCCGUAUUUACAGGAAGCCUUGGAAACCUUUGUAGUUGGACACUGGUCUGUCUCAAGGCAAAUAACCUCGAGACAUUUGUCCGCCAGUAAAGAAAAUUUGAUUUUCCUGAAUUCAUUCCCAGCACAAGGCUACACAUGGCUUGUAGAAAACCUCUCCAGAGAAGGGGACGUGGUUAUUGAUGCUGGAACCCCCAAUGGCUAUGCAAUGGUGGCUGCGUUGAGGAAAGGGCGAAGCGCAGUUAGGAUAGACAGUACCGCUUUGCCUUCCGAACAGGCAGCGAUAGAGACUAAAAUUUGUAGUCUUGUAUCUUCCUAGUUUAUAUGUCAAUGACAAUCUACUAGUUAGUAAACAAUUCAAUUGACAAAGUUUAUGUUAUCAAAAAUUUUUUUUGAGUGUAAGUCUGAUUUGUAAUUUGAAUUACCUACUCAUUAAAGCUAUGGGUCCCGUUGGGAGCCCUUAGAUUCCAAUCGUGA